GUAUGUAGCUCUAGCUGAGCAAUAAAUGGUGCUUCAUGUAUGCACGAGCUUCCAGAAGCAUCGCCAGAGAGUGAUACUAUUCCACGAUUGGUGAAAAUGACAGACGAAGACGAGAUGUCUGUUUGGAAUGAGCUGUCUGGCAUUCCUGCGGACCCUCCUGACGUGAGAGACAAAUGCUCUCAAUGCAGGAGGCCAGCAGCUGUCUGCUGGUGUGCAGGACUGCCGAAGGAACGGCUUUGCCCUUGGUCCAAGAUAAUCAUCCUGCAACAUCCUGCGGAAGCUAAACGUUGCCUACGCACUGCUCCGAUGUUGACGCUGGCUUUGGAACCAGGCAAAUGCAUCACGUUUAGGGGCAAAAAAUUUCCACAGUGCAGGCAUGAAGGACUGGCAGAAAUUUUGAACGAUGAAAAUACGAUUCUGGUUUAUCCGUCUCCUACAGCGGUAGCAAUCGAGGAGCUCACUCCUGUUGGCACAAAUGGCCAGACGCCAUAUAAUUUAGUACUGUUGGAUGGUACUUGGCCACAAGCAAAAGCCAUUUAUCACUCGAGUCCAUCACUGUGUUUGCUUCGAGCCUGCAAACUGGUAGGAGUACCUGCAAGCGAGUAUAUAAUAAGGACUCAACCAACUGAAGGAUGUUUGUCAACCCUUGAAACAGGAGCAUUGGCUCUCUCUAUUUUGGAAAGUAAUCCACGAUUAAGAGAUGAGAUGCUUGGCCCUCUUCGUCAUCUAUGCAAAUUUCAGUUAGAAAAUGGAGCAGUCACUCAUCAGAGUAAAGAAUUCCUGAUUAAACAAAAGACCUAUCCAAAACUCAUUGGCCGAAGAUUGGCCAAGCAGCUCCGCAUCCUGACAGAGGAUUCCUAGCGAAGACACUUCUUGAAAGUCACUUUUCCUGCGAGAUUGUACAAUAUUUUCUUAUUAUGCCUAAAUGUAAUGCAUCGAGGAAAAAGGAAGGAAAUUAUUUAAAAAAU